AUGCCGGCUCGUCCAUACCGUGAGCUCCGAGUGGGUCAACGAGACAGACACCAUGCUACCUCGAUGGAUGGCAACAACUCCCGCUGGUUCUCGCAGCGGGUAGACCAUUUCUCCGACAGCCCGGAAACUUGGAUGCAACGGUACUUUGUGAACGAGACGUUCUUCCGCAUGGGAUCCGGUCCUGUCUUCCUCUGCGUAGGAGGAGAAGGGCCACCCAUGACGGAGCAGGUGGUUGUAACAGGGGAGAACCAUUGCGCUCUUAUGGUCCACCUGGCGAGAAUUCAUGGCGCGCUCAUCUUGGCGUUGGAACAUCGUUACUAUGGCGAGUCGCAUCCACGGAAAGACUUGUCCGUUGAAAACAUGAGGUUUCUUUCGAGCAGACAAGCUUUAGAAGACAUCGCUUCUUUUCAUUCGCACAUCAGGAGCGCAUUUGCGAUCUCGUCCAAGCAACGAUGGAUCACGUUCGGAGGAAGUUACCCAGGAAUGCUAGCGGCAUGGAGCCAUGCGAAAUUCCCACAUCUCUUUCAUGCCGCGGUGUCCUCCUCGGCGCCUGUUCAGGCCAUACUCAACAUGAAAGGCUACAACAACGUCGUUGCGAGUGACUUUGCCGACGAGACGCUGGGAGGAUCCAUGCUGUGCUUGAACACCAUCAAAGGGGCCUUUGCGCAGGUAGGAGAAUAUCUGUUGAGCUACGAGGGCAGGAGGUAUCUCAAGACAAGAUUCUCCGUCUGCGGAGGGGACGAUGUUCUAGAAGACAUCAAGAAUCGAGCAUUGUUCGCAGAAACGCUGAGCGACCCGCUCAUCCCUCAGUCCAACGACCCCAGUUGCACCUCCCCCCUCUGCGACAUCAGGCGGCAAUGUAAGUUCCUGACGGAUCAGAGCCUUGGGAAGCCGCUGGACAGGCUCGUUGCGAUGAUGGACAGCGUGCGAGACGGUUCUUGCCUUGACACAGACUAUCAGAUGAUGCUUGCUGGGUUGCAAGAUAUAAAGAUCAGCGAGGACAGGACUGACAGAACGUGGUUCUAUCAGACCUGCACUGAGUUCGGGUUCUAUCAGACAUGCGAUCCCGACUCUCGCUGCCCCUUCGUGUCAAGUCCUCACCUGAACAACGUGUACUUCUCCACGGACAUGUGCAAGGUUGUCUUCAACAUGAGCUUCGAAAAGACCGCUGAGUUCGUCCGAGAGUCCAACAAUGAGUACGGGGGGCUGAAUCUCCAGUCUUACAACAUCAUCUUCGUCAAUGGCGGAGCGGACCCAUGGAAGUCUCAGUCCAUGCUCCACCCGUCGAACGCCUACGUGCAGACUGUCAUGGUCAAGGGGGCGUCGCACCAUUUCUGGACCCAUCCUGAACUCCCUACGGACUCAACUGAGGUGAAGCAUGCUCGCCGAAUUAUCGCACAGUUCGUCCGUGAUGUCCUUGCGCAGAAGGCCUCCCACUCCGAAAGAUCCCGGGCAGCGGACGUCCUGACAUAG